AUGGAGGCAGACUCAGAGAAGAGGUUGAUACGAUUAAAGCCUGAGGUGCGAUCAGAACCGAAUACCCAGAUUUCGGAAUUAAACUUGACGCCAUGUUCGUCAAACACGAUUGGCGUAGACGAUUUGAUCAGUGCGGCGAAGAGCAUCACUCGAGUGGGGGACCUGAAGCAGCUGGCCUCGGAAGCAGAAAAGAACGCAACCCUCGAGCCGCCAUUGCAUCGACAGUUGGCCAGUCGCCUUCGUCGAAAGGCAGCGUAUGAAAAUAUUUCGAAGGAACUGAACCGUUGGGACCCUAUCGUUCGACGCAAUCGCGUUGCCGAUCACCUGGACUUCCCACAGAACCAAAUCACGAUCCGAGACGAGACACCGGAGAAUGCAGUCAAGCGGUUCGUUGCACGGACGCCCCUCGAAAUCGAAACAACCAAACUCUUGCAGGGCAGCAAACACACGUUGCACAAUGAUAAAAUGUUGACCGAGGCCGAAACUGAAGCAGUGAAGGUUAAAAUGAGCAUCAAAGAAGCGCAUGAGAAACUAAACUAUCUGCGGCGUAUGAGGGCUUUGGUUUCUUACCAAGAGGCGAAGUUCAAAAGACAAAAGCGGAUCAAGGGCAAGCAAUACCAUCGUUUGCUGAAGCGCGGCAUGCGGCAGAAGACGCUGAAGGAGUUCGAAGAGCUGAUAGCCACGGAUCCUAAGGCUGCGUUAGAGAAAUGGAACGAGUUGGAGAGGGAUCGAAUCAUGGAACGGGCGCUGUUAAAACACCGUGGCACCGGCAAAUGGGCGAAACAGAUGCGAGUCUACCAAAAACGCGACCCAAAAGUUAGGGAGGCAUUGCAGGAACAGUUCAGACUGAGCCGAGAACUUGCCGAAAAGGUUAAGAAAACUCGCGAACUGGAAGAGGCGGAAAGCUUUCAUCUUUUGCCCGUUUUCGAUGCUCCCGGCGGUGAAGCAUCGGCUAAGGACGAAUCUCAGGCACCCGGCAGUGACGCUGUUGCUGAGCUCAAACUGCAGCCUAUGUUAGCUGCGGACUUGGACGCGACGGAUGACGAAGAUGAUGACCAAGAAGCGCUCAUUGCUGAAGCUUUUGCGGACGACGAUGUAGUUGCUGAUUUUCAAGCAGAGGUAGAAGCGCAAAAUGCUGACAAGGCGGAAGAAGAUCCGGAGCAUAUGCCUGGUUGGAACAGAUGGACUGGACCUGACAUUGUCAGCAAAAAGCGGAAAAAGAAUAGCGAAAAGCCGCCAGAUUCAGAGAUUAAAAGAGUAAGUUUUAACCUUAAAGGAGAAGAAUCCGUCAAGAGGUUUCAAGUUUCCUCUUUACCCUUUCCAUACACUACUCCGGAUGCGUUUGAAGCCAAACUGAGCUGUCCGCUGGGCCGAGAGUGGAACCCAGAAACCGUUUUCACUACUCUCAACCAGCCAUCUGUCACAACGAAAAUGGGAACUAUUAUAAAGCCAUUGAACAAAGAUCAAGUUCUCCAGAACAGAUCUGAAUCGAAUCAUUGGAAACGGAAAUCAUGGAAAAAGCGAAAUGAGAUGAACACCAUUCAGAUAGACAUUGAUUGA